GUGUGUGUGUGUGUGUAUUCUGAUGGUGUGUGUCUCUUCCUGUCUCCAGUCUGAUAUAAAGUCAUCUUCUUCAUCUCUCUGAAGAGGAGAUCUCAACAGGUCAGGAGGACCAGGAGACCUGAAGAUGUCAAACCUGAUAAGAAGACAGAGCCUAGAUAUAACUCCAGAUAUGUCUCUAUCUGAACUUGUUACCAGGACAACGAACACCUCAUCCAAGUAUGACAACAUCACCUGCAAAGAUCUGAUCCAUUCAGGAUCUCCCACUCUCUACCAGCUGAAACCAAAGAAAGAGAAGAUUGGAUCUUUGAAACAAAUGACUCUUGGUAAAAAAAAUCCAAACAAGAUAAACAAAACCAUCUUACUUGUUGGUGAAACAGGAGCAGGAAAAUCUACUCUGAUCAACGCUCUGGUCAACUACGCCCUGGGAGUGGAGUGGGAGGAUGAUGUCUGGUUUAAGAUAGUAGAAGGAGAGAAGAGAAGUCAAGGUGAAAGUCAGACAUCAGAUGUGAUCGUGUACCAGAUCUUUGGUUUUGAAGAUAAACCUCUGCCCUACUCUCUGACCAUCAUCGAUACUCCUGGAUACGGAGACACCAGAGGGAUCGAACAUGAUGACAUCAUCAGUCAAAGAUUAUUAGACUUGUUCCGCUCUGAGGAUGGUGUUCAUGAGAUUAAUGCAGUGGGUCUGGUGCUGAAAGCGAGUGAGAAUCGAUUGACUGACCAACUGAGCUACAUCUUAGAUUCAGUGGCGUCUCUGUUUGGAAAAGACCUGGAGAAGAACAUUGUUGCCCUUAUAACACACUCAGAUGGUGUGACACCUGAAAAAGCUCUACAAGCUCUUGAGGAUGUGAAGAUUAAAUGUGCCAGAGAUGAGAAUAAUCAGCCUGUUCACUUCCUGUUUAAUAACUGCCAGGAUGAAGACAGGACAGAGGACAUAAGAGCCCUCAAACAUGCAGAUAAAACAUCAAUGAAAGGAAUGAAGCAGUUCACAAACUUUCUGGGAACAACUAAACGUCAGAAGUUGGAGACAACCGUAAAUGUCCUGAACGAGAGAAUCAGCCUGACAGCCUGCAUCCAAAACCUUCAAGAGAGAAUUAAGUUGAUAGAUCUAAAGCAAACAGAGAUCCAACAAACUCAGGAUGGUCUGAAGAAACAUGAAGAAGAGAUGAAGAACAAUGAGAAGUUUACUGUAGAUGUUGAUGUGGUCUACAAAGAUAAAGAACCUAUUAAUGGUGGGAUGUGGGGAUUGGGGUUGUUCUAUGAAGGAGCUGUCUGCUGUACUGUCUGUCAGGAGAACUGUCACUAUCCAUGUACAACAGCCUUGUAUCCAGAACUCUGUGAGGUGAUAAAAGAUGGCCGCUGCACUUCAUGUCCCGGGAGGUGUCCUGUAUCAGCUCAUGUGAAAGAUAAAUGGAAGUAUGUGAACAAGACAAUGAGAGUAAAACACACUCUAGAAGAUGUGAAAGCAAAGUAUGAAACAAAUAAAGAAGAGAGUAAGAAGAAAGGGAGCAUUUUGGAAAGUCUUCAGAAAGAGAUGGAAACCCUGGAAGCAAAGAAAACAGCUUUGGUGGAUAAAGCCUACCAGCAUGUUGUCAAACUGGAGGAGAUCGCCCUGAAUGUCCUUUCCCUGUCUACUUAUGUCCACCUGGACUUCCUGAUUGAGGAGAUGGAGAAGAGAAAUGACACAGAGAAGGUCUACUAUCUAAAACAAAUGAAACGUGGAAAAGAUGGAGGAGUCCUAGGAGGGCCACAGUACAGUGAACUUUGUCAAAUGGUCAAAAGAAGAUGGCAAUAAUGGGUUCAGUAGUUUCCCAUCAGGUUAAAAUAAAUCUGGUGUUAGAGGGUCCUUUCAUAAAAUAUUAAAGAAAGGAAUUUAAGAGGAUUUAGAUGGGAAGAGAGAGAGACAGGGAGAGAGAGAGACUGCGAGAGAAGGCUAUAAUAUAUAAAUAUCCAUAUUACACAGUUAAACAUCAUGUUUCCUUCUCCGUGUCAAUCCCUUCUCUUGACCAACAUCCCUCUAUAUAACAAACUAAAGCCACAACAUGAAUACUUUUAAAAAAAAAAAAUUGUGUAAGUUUAAUGUUUUAUAAAACAGUCUCCCUGCAGUUUGUAAAAUGGUCACGUUAUUUUUAAUCUAUAAAUUCGUGUACACGGACAAAUUUAUCUUGUUUCUUUUGUUGUGGUCACCAUGUAAUGGGAAGCCUCUAUACGGAGGUUGGGUUCAGGGAAAGAAGAACGGGAAGGACACGCCACUCGCAGUCCUGUGUUGUUGCUCCCCCCCCACCAACCUCCUUACGUGGGUUUUCAGCAUGAAAUAUGCUUCUGUAACCAUUUCACAAACUGCCGUGUGUGUUAAUGCUUUUCUACAACGCUGUUGAGUCGAUAAAAAGCUGAUUUAUUCUGAUGUUAGUGUGAUGUUGACAGAAGGAACCUGGUGGUGGGACAUUAAUAAAUAUCAUAUAAAGCUGUGUUG